GUUAAUACCAGAGUAGUCUCUACCCUCCUACACCUACUCUAUUAAUAUACAUAGUUAUUAAUGUGUCAGAUUCCUACACUUUGUCCUGUCUAUCCAGUUUUUCCUUCUAAGGGAGGAAUUCCCUUUAAUAUAGCCAGAUUAUUUCAUUCUGUCACAAAUGGAAAUAGAUAUUGGACAUCCUUAAAGUUUGCCACAGAUAUUUUCAUCCUGACUACAGCUAGCAAACCUGACUUGUGAGAAGUGUGAGAGGGGACAGAAAUACUGUUAGAGAGUUCUUAGGUUCUUACUUUCACCAAGCCCCUCCUCUUUGCUGCUAAUGCCAAUUCACUGGGCAUGCUGGGAAAACCACCUAUCCUGCCUCCAUCCUAAGUCCAAAGUUUACCUUAAACCCAGGAACCGAGAACAGCUAGAAGCUUCACACCACUGGGCUCGACUGCCUCCUCUCAGGUGUUUGGAACCCAUCUGAAGUCCAAGGCCAAUGGCAAGCAGAGAAGAUGAAGUACGGAGCUGUGCUGUAUGUGGGGACAGGGCCACUGGCUAUCACUUCCAUGCCCUAACCUGUGAGGGCUGCAAAGGAUUCUUCAGGCGAACUGUCAAGAAGGGCAUAGGACUCACCUGUCCUUUUGAACAAUGCUGUGAGGUUAACAAAAACCAGAGACGCCAUUGCCCAGCUUGUCGGCUACAGAAAUGCCUGGAUGCAGGCAUGAGAAAGGACAUGGUCCUGUCAGCAGAAGCCCUGGCACAGAGGAGGGCAAGGCAAGCACAAAAGGCACAAAAUGCAGAGCAGGAACCUGUACAGCUGAGUGAGAAGCAGGAGGCAUUAGUCCAGGUGUUACUGGGGGCUCAUGCCCGUCACAUAGGCACCAUAUUAUUUGACCAGUUUGUACAAUUCCGGCCCCCAGCCCAUCUGUUCAUCCACAACCAGCCUGCACCCUCUCUACCACCUGUGUUGCCACUGCUCAUACAUCUAGCAGAUAUCAGCACUUUCAUGGUCCAGCAAGUGAUCAAGUUCACCAAGGACCUGCCCCAUUUCCGGUCUCUGCCCAUAGAAGAUCAAAUCUCCUUAUUGAAGGGUGCAGCCCUGGAAAUCUGUCACAUUGAGCUCAACACCACUUUCUGCCCCCACAGCCACACUUUUCUGUGUGGUCCUCUCCGAUAUACGCUCCAAGAUGCGGCUCAUGUGGGGUUCCAGGAGCAGUUUCUGGAGCUGAUGUUUCGCUUCCAUGUGACACUGAGGCGUCUGCAGCUGCAGGAGCCUGAGUAUGCACUUAUGGCAGCCUUGGCUCUCUUCUCUCCCGAUCGACCUGGCGUGACACAACGGGAGCAGAUUGACCAGCUACAAGAGGAGAUGGCACUGACACUGCAGAGUUACAUCAGGGGCCAGCAAGCUCGGCCCCAAGGCCGGUUCUUGUAUGCAAAGAUGCUUGGGCUACUGGCAGAACUUCGAAGUCUCAACAUGGAAUAUGGACGCCAGCUCCAGCAUAUUCAUGAGCUGUCCGCCAUGAUGCCUCUGCUACAGGAAAUCUACAGCUGAGAUGUUGCUCACCUGUAUCCCCCAGCACAUCCUCAACUAACAAGUUGUCCUUACCUACCCACCUGAGAGUUUCCCCAAAUAUCUACUUUAGCAAUAGCAGCAGCUGGCCCUGCCCUUCCCCUCUGCACGGUUCCCACAGGGCCAUGGAGAAUAUCUUGUCCAGAACUGA